UUUUACAACAAAAUUUCCUCAGCCGCCGACAACCAGACGCGCGUCUUUUUUAUAAAGUGAUAUAUGCUGAAUUUACGCCUUUUUAUCGGCCCCAGAGAGUAAAAAACUAUAAGUAGCUUAAGGCAGCACACGUUUUUUUCCCGAAACACAUCAUGGAUCGACGCCUGAGACGCCCGCGUCGAAUGGACGAAGUGUCCGGCGGUCCAGUUUUGCCGCAGUCAACGCAGCCCAGCCUUUUGCCGGUGACCCGGCGGGCGGGAUCAAUCUCGGCGGCCGCUGCCACCGGCCCCGCCACCCGGACACGUGCCUCCCCAUCGCGCACCAAGGUCGCCGCACCGCCCUCGCCGGAACUCGGACCCCGCACCCGCCGGUCCAGCCGACCCAGGUCAUCGGUGGGUCCGCUGACCGGAUCGGGACCAGCAGCCGGUUCCUCGCUGCCCAUCAAGGCCGCCAUCAAGGCACGCACGCCCAUUCGAGAGGUUUCAGAGAUACCGUCUCCCGUUCGUCAGUCGACCAGCAGUCUGCCCAUGACGUUAACCACCAACACAUCCAGCGGUGCCCCAAAUAAAUUCUUCAACACAAGCUCUGUGAACAGUGGCAACAACUUCAGCAGCACCAUUACCACCAGCACCACCACAACAUCCGAGCGCAUCGAGAUCCGUGCAGAGGGCGAUAGCGAGGUGGACACGGACUCCAUUCGCAAGCGCAUCACCGAGCGACUUCGCCGAUCGGUCUCGAAAACCAUAUCGAAUUUGGCUGGCACACCAGUGACAAACACCGAGGAAGGUAGUCGCUACAGCCGGAGUGCAUCCCGAUCCGUAUAUGACGACGAGAAGUCCUCGAAGCGCAGCUAUUCCACGGGAGAGGAGGAUAUCGAGGAGGAGGAGGAGGAGGACGAUCUGGAGGAGGACCAGUUCCGUAGCUUCAAUGUUACGCACAAAUCGGGCACACCGGCAGCCGAAACAUCUUGUCGCCAGUUGAAGGCUCCCCAAGAAUUUGGCGGCUGGCUGGGCGCCUUCCUGCUGUUGCUCCUUCUGCCCACCGCCGUCUACUAUCUCACCUGGAGCUGCACGGCCCGGAAUGCCUGUCAGUUUAAGCACCUGAAUCUGGGCAUUCUGUUGGAUGUGAACUAUUUAACGCGUCAGGUCUUCCAGCCUCGAGUGGUUGCUGCGUUUGCCGCCUAUCAGGCUGUGGUGUUUCUGCUAGUGGCCCUGCUGCCAGGUCGAAGGGUUCAUCUUACCCGCGAGACCUACAAGUUUAACUGUCCAGCAGUUGCACUUACCCUUUUGAUCGCUGGCGGAAUAGCCGAAUAUCUAAAGUAUCCAGUGGUGUCCUUCGUUCUGCGACACUAUCUACGUUUCUGCAUUUUUGGACUCGUUGGCGCCUUUGUGGCAGCCGCCUGGAGUUACUGGCUGGUGGACACCGCCAAGUACAAUGUGCUCCGUCAGACUCUGACGAAUGAUUAUGGCAGGAGUGGCAGUUUUGUUGUCGAUUUCGCACUGGGCAGACAGCUGAAUCCCAAGUGGCUGGGACGCGUGGAUUGGAAGCAGUUCCAGUAUCGUCUCUCCCUGGUGAGCACUUUGCUCUAUGCCGCCUGUUAUAUCUACCAGACGAUCGUGUGGCCCCAGAAGCCGCAGCUGGAACAGGAGGGAUAUCUUUACGUGGCCAAAUACUACUGGAGUAAUGUGAACUAUGAUGCGGGCACCCUGCUCUCGGCCAGCUGUUUGCUCUUCUACGUACUGGACGCGAUCGUAUUCGAACACCAUUUGAGCUCGUCCUUUGAGUUGCAACACGAAGGAUACGGUUGCUUGUUGCUGCUGCGCUACGCAGCCACGCCCUAUCUGCUGACGGCGGUUACCAAGUAUUUCUACGAACAGCGUGUACCCAUCACCUGCUGGUAUGCUCCGCUGGGAGUGGCUGCUCUGCUAUCGCUGGGAUUGCUUGUGAAGCGUUUCAGCUGCGCCUACAAGUACAAAUAUCGGGUGAACGCGCAGAGUCCGAUCUUCGCCAACAUCGAGACGAUUCACACGUAUCAGGGAAGCCGUCUGCUGCUAAGCGGAAUGUGGGGAUGGGUCAGACAGCCGAAUUACCUGGGUGACAUCCUGGCCCUGCUGGCCCUGGCUGCUCCAAUGGCUCUGCGUCCGGCCUGGCCUCCUGUUUUGGGUCUCAGUUUGAUCGUCGUGCUGCUGCUACAUCGCGCCACUCGGGCGAACGCCAGGAAUCAGGCGCGCUAUCACUCCUCAUGGCAUCGCUACAGCACCCAGGUGCGCAGCUACAUCCUGCCCAGGAUUUACUAAGGACUAAGGUGUGGCGCAAUAGUUGACUUUUUAUUUUAUUUUGUGGCCAUUAUUUUUAUUUUUAUUUUAAUUUCGAUUUCAGUUUGUUUUUAUUUUAUGUUUCGAAUUUGUAUAUAUAAAUACGUAUCCAUACUGUUCUAAAUCAUAAAAUAUGCCUCCGCCCCGCCCCCAUUGAUUUUAGUACAAAAUUUGAUUUUACUCUCGCUGACGAACAUUUAAACACAACAAAUCUUCACACACAUAAGCUUAGUUUAAAAGACUCCACACACAUCUAGCUGUACGAAUUUAAACGCUUAAGAUCUAGACACCUUAAAUAUUCAUUACUUUAUAAUCUAUAUGAUAUGCAUAUAGUAAGUACUUUUUACACGAAAAUAUGAAAUAAAAAAUCCUUAGUUUCUAUGCUAUAAAGAAACGCA